GAAAAAGGAAAACACAGAUGACAAAGAAGAGAAGGUGCCUUCAACUUGCCUAUAAAUGCUACUACUAAACCACUUUUCCCAAAUCAAACAUAAAGAAGAGUCCAAUUUGGAUUUCAUUACCAAUCACCAACCAAACAUUUCCUCUUCUCUCUCUCCUCUAGAAUCUUCCUUUUCAGAUUUCCCCAUAUCUCAAAGGAAUUUUUCGGUUGCUUAUAGGAAUUAAUUCAUCCAUUAUUUUUGAUCACAAAAUUUUUUUCAUCAGAAUUUCUCGGUUUCGUAUACGCAUGAGCUGUUUGGUCAAACUGGGUUGCUCUUCAAAUUCCAAUAACAAUAAUAAUCACUUUUUCACUUGUCUUUUGAUUUUUGUUCUUCAUUAUUCCCCUUCCACUAGUAAUAAUAAUUGUGCAGUUAAUUCAGUUAUUCUUAGAUUAUUAACUUUCAUUUUAUUAAAUCCCUAUUUAUCUGUCAAUAAUCGCCGAUCAAUUAAUGGAUUCUCAAGUCAAGAGUAAUCGCCAACUCCAGAGAGCUCCUUGCUUCUCAAGUGCUGGACAGAGGGCUGAGGCUUCACCAUCUGUCAUUGUGAUUGGUGGUGGAAUGGCUGGGCUUGCAGCUGCUCGGGCUCUUCAUGAUGCAUCAUUUCAGGUGGUUGUUUUGGAAUCACGCGAUAGAAUUGGAGGCCGAGUUCACACUGACUACUCUCUUGGUUUUCCUGUUGACUUGGGUGCAUCCUGGUUACAUGGUGUCUGCAAAGAAAAUCCUUUGGCACCUCUCAUUGGAAGACUAGGACUCCCUCUCUAUCGUACAAGUGGUGACAAUUCUGUAUUGUAUGACCAUGAUCUGGAAAGUUAUGCUCUAUUUGACAUGGAUGGUAAACAAGUUACCCAGGACUUGGUGUCCAAGGUUGGCGAAACAUUUGAGAGCAUUUUGAAAGAGACUGAUAUAAUUAGGCAAGAAUUUAGCGAGGACAUGUCUAUUAGCCGCGCUAUAUCAAUGGUUUUUGAUAGGAGACCUGACUUUAGGCUCCAUGGCAUUGCUCAUAAGGUGCUGCAAUGGUACCUUUGCAGAAUGGAAGGCUGGUUUGCUGCAGAUGCUGAUACCAUCUCACUCAAGUGCUGGGACCAGGAAGAAUUGCUUCCCGGUGGGCAUGGUCUUAUGGUUCGGGGAUAUCGUCCGGUCAUCAACACACUAGCAAAAGGGCUUGACAUUCGCUUAGGUCACAGAGUUACACAAGUAGUAAGACGUUAUAAUGGAGUGAAAGUGACUAUUGAGGACGGGAGAAAUUUUGUAGCUGAUGCAGCCAUUAUUGCUGUUCCUCUUGGUGUUCUGAAAUCAAAGCGGAUUAAGUUUGAACCUAGAUUACCUGAAUGGAAGGAGGCUGCCAUCAAUGAACUAGGUGUAGGGAUUGAGAACAAGAUUAUUCUGCACUUUGAAAAGGUGUUUUGGCCAAAUGUUGAGUUCUUGGGGGUAGUUGCAGAGAGCUCAUAUAAAUGUAGUUACUUUUUGAAUCUUCAUAAGGCCACUGGCCAUCCUGUCCUAGUUUAUAUGCCUGCAGGGCAUCUGGCCCGUGACAUUGAGAAAAUGUCAGAUGAGGAUGCUGCUAAUUUUGCUUAUAAGCAACUUCAGAGGAUUCUUCCCAAUGCAACUACUCCGAUCCAACAUCUUGUUUCUCAUUGGGGUACAGAUGAAAACUCACUUGGAUCCUACAGCUAUGAUAUGGUAGGGAAGCCUCAUGAGUUCUAUGAAAGGCUGAGAAUACCGGUAGAUAACAUAUUUUUUGCUGGGGAGGCAACGAGUAUGGAUUACCCAGGUUCUGUGCAUGGUGCAUAUUCAACAGGACUAAUGGCUGCUGAGGACUGCAGGAUGCGUGUCCUAGAGCGGUAUGGAGAAUUGGAUCUGUUCCAGCCAGUCAUGGGCGAGGACACUCCUCUUGCUGUCCCCUUAUUGAUCUCCCGUAUGUAAAUAGACACGGUAUUUGAGUGUCGGGAUUGGCUAACACAUGAUGUGCUGACUGCUUAGUGAAAAUUGUGGAAACCACAAGGUUCCUCAAUGAAUGAUCAAAGCAUUAGCGAAUGUGUAGGAGUCAUCUAUAUGCAGUGUUUAUGGUAUUUCUAAGUGAACUAGGAGACGGGACAAGGUCUGCUAAUGUAAGGUUACAUGGUACGAUGGUGCAGCUGUGGAAGUUUGCCCGUGGACUAUUAACAUCUGUAAAUCGUGGUGCCUGUGUGUGUAUAACUUGAACUAUUCAGUUUAAUAGCUACUGCGUUACAUGAACAAUGCGAAUAAGAUGUGUUUUUGUAAGACUAUUUAUUCUCAUUCGGCAUCAUUUUGCAGUUGAA